GCGGACACACACAGCGGGUUUUCCUUCCGCAGCCUCACGGAAGAGGGAGCUGGCAGCUGAACCCUUCCGGUGCUCCAGCACUGAGCCCGGCGCUUCCUGGAACGGCUCAAGGAGCAGCCUCCGGGAUGGCUUUGUUGGAGACCCGCAAGUACUCACAGGGCUCAGCUGUUGGUGGUGUGAAUCCCGACCUUGCCAGUGAGAGGCAAACACCCUCCUUCAGCGUGGAAAAGCUCACAGCCCUGCUGGAUGGAGGGGAGGAGAACACUCGGAUACGGAGGGCAGUGGUCGAAGCUAUUGAAAGUGACCCUGUAUUUAGCAGAGAAAAUCAGUAUUUCCAGAGCCAGAAUGAGAAGUAUGAAGCUGCAGUCAGAAAGGCUGUUCACCUCCAGAAAAAGAUGCACGAGAUGGGAUGGACUGAGAACGGACCCGAAUUUAAGUAUAUUUACAGGGCACUGUCAGGAGAAGUCGCGUUUCUUCUUCACACCAUCUUCAUGAGAAGUAUUUCAGUGCUGGGCUCUGACGAACAGAUUGCCAAAUGGAUUCCUCUCGCCAUGCAGUAUCAGCUCAUCGGAAGCUAUGCCCAGACUGAACUGGGGCACGGAACUUACCUUCAGGGUUUGGAAACAACGGCAGUCUUUGAUAUUGCUACACAGGAGUUCAUACUGAACACACCGCAGAUCUCUGCCAUGAAGUGGUGGCCUGGAGACAUGGGAAGGUCAGCAACACACACAGUGGUCUUUGCUCAGCUGUAUGUCCAGGGGAAGUGCUAUGGCGUGCAUCCCUUCAUUGUGCAGAUACGCAGCCUUUGGGACCAUUCACUGUGCCCAGGCAUAACUGCAGGAGACAUCGGUCCCAAAAUGAGUUUUGAGCACAUCGACAACGGGUACCUCAUGCUGCAGAAUGUGCGUGUCUCCAGGGAGAACAUGCUGAGCAAGUUUUGUGAGGUUCAACCGGAUGGCACCUAUGUAAGACGGGGGUCCCAGCAGAUUAACUAUCUCACAAUGACUGCAGUGCGCGUCGCCCUCAUCUCACACGAAGCUGUAAUACCCCUAAUGAAAGCUUGCACCAUUGCCAUCAGAUACUCUGUGGUUCGCCGGCAGUCCAAGUUAAAGCCUGGGGAAGAAGAAGCAAAGAUCCUUGACUUUCAGACUCAGCAAGAGAAGUUGCUGCCCCACUUGGCAGCAGCCUAUGCCUUUCAUUUCAUCAACAACUACCUGCAGGACCUAUUCAACAGAGGGUAUGAAGAGAUCCAGAGGGAGAACUUCAGCAUGCUGCCAGAGCUCCAUGCAUUUUCUUCGGGCUUCAAAGCCAUUGUUACUCAGUACUGUGCUUCCGCAGUAGAAGUCUGUCUCCGGGCAUGUGGGGGCCAUGGUUACUCCUUGCUGAGCGGACUCCCUUCCUUAUGUACUAGAAUACUUGCCUCUUGUAUUUAUGAAGGGGAAAACACCAUUUUGUUCCUGCAAACUGCCAGGUUCCUGGUUAAGUGCUUCAUGGCAGCCAGCGCUGGCCACCCUGUCCCACCAUCUGUCACUUACCUGGCUGCAGUGAAACCUGAGAAGUGCCCAGCCAAGAACAAGUUUGAUUUCCUCAGUCCAGAUAUUUACACCCAGGCCUAUCGACAUGCAGCAGUCAGACUCAUCAGCAGCACAGCAGCUAAACUACAGGUCUUGAUUCAGUCUGGAGUCAAAAAGCACGACGCGUGGAAUGAGUGCACGGUGCAGCUGGUGCAGGCUGUGAAGGCUCACUGCCACUACAUCACAGUGAAAAACUUUGCAGAAACGGUGGAAAGACUCGAGGCCAAGGGUGGCAUCCAGAAGAUUAUGAAACAUCUCUGUGACCUCUUUGCGUUACAUGGGAUCUUCUCAAAUGCAGGAGUCUUCUUGCACGAUGGACACAUAUCUGGAGCUCAAAUGGACAUGGCAACCGCAUCAUAUCUAGACCUCUUGGCUGUCAUUCGGAAGGAUGCUGUUCCACUGGUGGAUGCCUUUGACUUCACAGAUAAGACCUUGAAUUCUGCACUUGGCAGUUACGAUGGCCAGGUUUACCAGCGGCUGUAUGAGUGGGCUCGGAAGUCACCGACCAACACACAGAUGAACCCAGCCUACGAGAGGUAUUUGAAGCCACUUCUUCACAAGAAGUUAUCCAAAUUAUGAAGACCAUGAUCUAAGUGAAGGCCACACACUUCCUCCCGUCUUUGUGCAGCUGUACAUUGACAAAGCAUCAGCAGUGACAAAUCAGAAUUCAUAAUCAGUUGCUUACUUCCAGUUGUAGCAAGUAUGAAACAAGAUUCUUAGCCAGCCACUUGCAUUUAACCAGGCAGAAGUCAAACAAUGCUGAGUACAGCUCACUGCUAUGAGGCAAUCUAGGCUGAAACAGGGUUUGCUGUUUUCUAAUGUGAAGUGUCCCAAUAGCAUUAAAACUAUGUCAUUUGGCUUUCUUA